AUGGCCACCAUCGUAACCGUUGAAGAUGCUUAUCGUGGUGUCGAUGCUGAGCUUCUUAAAAAGGCCUGCCAUGGAUGGGGAACCGAUGAAAAAGCUGUAAUAGCGAUUCUGGCACAUCGAAAUGCUACUCAAAGGAAACUGAUAAGGGAGGCUUACCAAGAUAUGUAUGACGAGGAUCUUGUGAAGAGGCUUGAACAUGAGCUAUCUGGUGAUUUUGAGAGAGCAGUGUACCGAUGGAAUUUGGAUCCUGCAGAUCGGAAUGCAGUGCUAGCAAAUGUAGCUCUUCGGAAGGAUCACCGAGAUCAUAGAGUGUUCAUUGAACUGUCGUCCACUCUUUCUCCGGAGGAGCUUUUUGAUGUCAAGCGAGCCUAUCAAUGCCGCUACAAGCGUUCUUUGGAAGAAGACAUUGCUUCGCAUACUUCUGACGAUCUCCGAAAGGCGAGUCGUAUUGGUUUGAUUUCCUUACUUGUUGGUUUGGUGAGCAUACAUAGGUACCAAGGUGAUGAAGUGAACUUGAAAUUGGCAAAGUCUGAGUCAAUCAUUCUUCGUAAUGCCAUUGAAGAGAAAACAUUUAACCAUGAAGAAAUCCUCCGAAUUAUCACUACAAGGAGCAAGCCGCAACUCAUGGCUACUUUGAAUCAUUAUAAAGAUGAACAUGGUUGCAGUAUGACCAAGCACUUGAAGGAUGAUAGAGACAAUGGGUACACAAAAACGCUACGUACCACGAUUAGAUGUAUGAGUGACCCGAUUAAGUACUUUGAAAAGGUGAUCCGUAAUGCAAUUAACAGUAGUGGGACUAACGAGGAUGCACUAACUCGGGUUAUCGUUACACGAGCUGAGAAAGAUCUAGAGAUUAUCAUGGAGCAAUAUCACAAGAGGAACAGUGUGCCACUUGAUCAAGUUAUCACAAAGGAAACUUCAGGUCAUUACAAGAGGUUCCUUCUUGCGCUACUUGGGAAGGAUGAUUAG